AAACUAUCACAGAAAGACACUUGAAAGUAACACAAGAGGUUAUCACUGAAGUUGAACAAACGUGGCAUUUUGAAAUAAUAUAAUAUUUGUAAAAAAAAAAAUGGAUGAUUUUGAGUCAUUUCAGUCCUGCGACACAGAUGACCAAAAACUGGAGAAUGAGUCAGUGAACCAAGCCAUCGUGGAGAAUCCAGUGACUUUUCAUUGCGGACGAUGCAACACCGUGUGGGCUGAUUCCCGAGGAAUCUGUGGAGAAGCAACAUCGGUCAACUCUCUCAUUUGUCUUGAGGUAACCCAAGAUGUGAUCAUCAAUAGUGAACGUGAGUGGAGCCUGGAUGGUCUGUUCAGUGCAUGUGUGUACAACACUCUCCAAUGCGCCGGCUGUCUCUGCCUCGUGGGUGUAAUUCUCUACUCAACACCAGAGCACCUGUCUGCUCUGCGCAACCUCUUUCUCCUCAAUAAAGACCAGAUGUAUUGUUAUAUUUUCAGCACUGGCCAAAUGGUGAAAGCCUCGACACUCGACUUUAGUGUAGCACCAUUAGGAGAACGUUUAAGUGAGCUGAGACAACUGAUCCAAGAAACGGAAAGUCACCUUAGCAAUGUGUCAGCAGUGAUGGAUGACACCCGCACGAAUGAAGGGACCUCCUCUGUCCAGUAGUCAAGCUGAUCCUACCUGGGUCAUGUUCAUAAGGGCACGUUAUAGCAAAACGUUUUAAAAACAGAAAACGUGCGUUUUUCAAGUAUUUUUGUCCGUUUCUGUGCCUAAUGACCACGGAAGAGCCUGUUCUGUUUGACAAUCCUCCGUCAACUGCACUUUAUUCUCUAGUUCCAUGUUUUUAAAGGGCCUUUUCGUAGCCUGGGUACCAGUCUGUUUGUGCCAUCAUGCCACUCCUUUUGUUACGCCCCCCAAAAAAACAGUUCAGAAUAAUUUGGACUAAAUAGAGGACAUUCCUGUGUUGUAUUCCAAUGAAAAUGUAGAGUGAAAAUGGGAGUUCCCUCCUUGAGAUGUUGAAAAGUAGCGACCUCGUAUUUUACUGUUCAAUGUGUUUGCCUCAAUAGUUUAUGCUCAAUGGAAAUACUUUAGUUAACAUUGAUAAUGUGAAGCUCCACAUAGAUGAGACAUGGCACUGUGUGUUCAGGUAUUAAAACAUCUGUAAACUAAUAAAACAUCUUUUAAAUUUGCAUACUUCUA